UGCUCUAGGACGCAUUCGAGUUCUUUUAGUACCAGUUCACCCAAUAAAAGCUUCAGUUUUUCAAAAGCAUGUUGAGUUGGUCAAAAAAUUUGGCGUAGUUAAAUUAGGGGAUGUAACUCCCGAUAUGCGAGGUGUUCAAAAAACAAUGUUUAGUGCACAGGCCUUUCAUGAGGGACAACUCCACUUCAACUUUGCCACGCGUUACGAAACUGAGCACGCGUACCUUGAAGAAUUUCAAUUGCAUCGCAAAAUAUUCGGGGUAAUCGGUAUUAUGGAUUGCCAAGAAUGGUCAAAUCUACCUGACGGUUACAGUAAAUUUAGCGAAAUACUCAAAACUUAUCCAACUGCCAUAGCCCAUCGUUGUUUUGCAUUUAAUCCUGCAGAAACUCAACCGGAUGAUACGAAAGGCUUGAUAAUGAUACCAAAUGUUGGGAAUAUGGGAUUUUAUAUGAGUACAAUGAUUUGUGAUUUUGCUAGUGAUAUAUUGACAGAAUUUGGCAAUGUGGCGGCAGCAAUUGAGAAAAAAUCGAUAAUUGAUUCACCUAAAAUUCCAUCAUCAAAUUCACAAAAUUCACUUCCUACACCACAAACGCGGCAUACUUUACCUAUCACCACUACAUCCUACCUAGUUCCCGAACUAAAGGCCCCACCUCAACUCCCGUUGACACCUCCAUCCACUGCCAUGACUACCGCAGCUAUGGGUGGUACAACGCCAGGAGUUAAUACAAAAGACAAUCUUUAUCAUUCACGUACUUUUUCGUCCACUUCAUUGGCAAAUUUUGCUAGUCAGGCAGCGAUGGUACCUAGCAGCGUAGCUGAUUUGAAAUUAAAGAGGAGGACGCCUGGACGAGUUCAGAAAUUGAUUGCCGAUUUAUAUUUGAUGUCUGGGAGGCUACCGGAUGCUGUGACGCAUUAUUAUAAUGCAAUUGAUACCACAAGAAAUAAUUCUGAUUAUCUAUGGCAAGCGGCUGCUAUAGAAGGAUUAUGUGUAGCAUUAAUCCUGUUAGCAUAUUUACAUGCAGACAUUGGGCCACAAGUUCUUCAAGCUCCACCUUCACCAAACACGAAUCCACCUUCAAGUCCAUCAUCACCAAUCGUGCCAAAGCCACUUUGGGCUGACAUUACUGAAAAAUACUUGAACGUGAUCACUUUAUAUGCGAAAACGUCCAAUUCAGCUUACAAUCAAGUUCCCCCAUUAGUAUACACAGAAUCAUGUUUAAAGCUCGCAAAAAUGUUAUCCAACAUUUGGAUAGUAGGUCAAUGGGGAGAUGACGCCUUGAAAUUAAUCGUGCAUGGUGGUCCACCCCCAGAAAAAGGGUUAAGCGAAAAAUGGGGUCUUAGUCAAGUUAGUGGUGUUACCAGAGUAGAAAUUGCACAAUGGGCAAUGAAGGGAUAUGGAGCAUUUGUGGAAGAAAUGAGCAUCACAGAGCAGAUAUAUAUUGCAACUACAAUGGCAUCAAUUUUCUCAACAAUCAAUUUUCGUCGAAAACAUGCGUUUUUCCUGCGCCAAACUGCUUUGUUGAUUGUACCGCUUCUUGCUAAACCUCCAAAUUCACCUUCUCCCCCAACAAAUUUAUUGCUUGAAGGAGGAGAUGCUGGUAUAUUGUCUUGCAUUGCAAAAUUUACAGAUAUAUAUGGAGUCGGAGAUGAUGUCAAGCUAGAAAAAUCAAGCGCGUCGCCAAUGCUCGACGAUGAACCAUUGCUAAAUUUCGGAUGGCCUGAAAUACAAAUAGAUGUUCUAAAAGAUGCGAUAUCAUUGUCUGAGGCAAUACCAGAUUUGUCUUCUUCUAUUAAAUAUACCACUAGGCUUCUGCGCAAACUAUUUUUGCACUUGCCAAAAGAAGAGCAACAUCGUCUAACAAUUUCAUUGCCUCGAAUUGUCGCUUCAGCUAAAAAACAAGGAUUGGAGAUGGAUAUAAAGUAUUGGGGUAUGAAUAUUGUUCGGGGGAUAGAAGUAUGUCGACCAACUUCUCGAAAAAUUCCCUAUCCACAUUCUAAGAAAUUAUUUUCCACAAGCGAGGAGCCGAUAGAGACGGUCGAUACGAUAUUUAUAUAUAAUCCGAGGGGCAAAAAAAUACCAGAAACAGUCCAGACUCAUCUUGUUGCCAACGAAACAGCUUAUUUUAUGGUUACCCUCGCAAAUCCUUUCGCUGUGGAUUUAGAAAUACAAAGUAUUUCUAUAAGUACGAAUGGCAUAAAUUUUAAGCCUAAUAUCAUGUCCACUUCUAUACCUGCGAAUACAUCCGUAACACUUCGAUUGUCAGGAACUCCGAAAGAAGCUGGAGAGUUGGUAAUUCGAGGAUGUAAGAUUAAAGUUUAUGGAUGCUCCGAACAAGAAUUUUGUAUUAAAUUAUAUCUGUUCGAAAUUCUUUCUAGUGGGUUGGCCGUCAUUGAUCACCAUCGACGAGUAGAUUCACAAUGUAGCACUUCCUCAACCGCCACUACAACUUCCACAGCAUUAACAACACCAACACAAGGCGAACACGAUUUGGAUUUCCUAAAAGUGGAAAUAAUUUCGGAUCAGCCAUUAAUAAAAAUAAAGUCUACGUCGUUAAUGCAUAGUGCAAUAAUGCUUUUUGAAGGAGAAAAAACAGAAAUGACCAUUAAACUAGAAAAUAUUGGCAAAACUCCAGUUGAUUUUAUAAAUCUGUCAUUUCAUGAUUCUACUAUUGAAAAAGCGCAAGCCAUUCUAAGUUCGCCUGAUUUGCCCGCAGAAGAGGCAUACGAAAUGGAGUUAUAUGCGUAUCGACAACCUGUAUUUUCUUGGGAACAGACGGAACGUAAAGUGAAUCUACUGUCCAAUAAUGAACUGAUCUUGAACAUAAAUGUCUUUGGCAAGCGUGGAUGUACAUAUGGCACAAUACAAAUCGAUUAUGGAUACAUUGAUCGACCUGAUUCUGUUUCUGAGGAUAUUUUCUAUACGCGACAAGUAUUCUAUCCAGUUCUCCUUACAGUCCAUCAACAUCUCGAACCCCUAACGAUGGAUAUUAUGAACUUCAAACCAAUCGUCAAUAAUGGCUCAUCAAUAAUAAACAAUAAUAAUGGUCAUAUUGAUAAAUCAGAUCAAAAGCAAAUUGAGGAAUUAUUAAAGAUUACACGAUUUAAUGAAAAAUCCGAAUUAGAGCUCGAUAAUGAAUAUUGCUUACUUACUUUUGAUAUUCGAAAUGUUUGGCAUAUACCAUUUGAUGUUAUUUUUUCUGUUGAUGAAGUGGACACGCCGAGUCAAGUAAAUGUAUCAACAUCUAUACAACCUUCGGCGACAACGCGAAUUAUUUUACCCAUCAAACGAAUUACAUUGACUGAAAGUGAAAUCAUGAAACCUAUCCCGUCAUUGUUUGACAAACAAUUUGUAGUUUCAAAAGAGCCGAAAGGGACCAAAGAACAAGAAAGAUUACUUUUAUCACUAUUUUGGUAUCGCGAGUUUUUAUUAAAAAAAAUCACCGCUACUUGGGAAUACCCAAUAGGUAAUCAAAAGGGAACAAUUGACAUACGCUCACUACGUCUCAAUAAGUCUAUGUUGAAUAUUUUACGAAUCAAUGAAAUUUCCUUCUUUGUUGAAAUACAAGAGGCUCCUCAUGUAGUAAAGUUAUCACUUAAUCGAUUCAGAUGUCCGGUCAAUGAGUUUGUUCAUAUCCGAUUCGUUGUGCAUAAUAGGCAAGAAAAACAAGCAAAACUUUGUAUCAGAAUUCAACCAGUACUGAGUUACAGUGAUGGUUUAAUGGAAUAUGAUUUGUCGGGACGUUUAGUGUGGAAUGGAUUACUACAAACACCAUUGCCAAAGAUUGACGCGAAAUCCUCGACAAUAUACACACUUCCGGUGUGCUUCUUCUCACGUGGAGAUUUUCAAUUUUUAUAUCAUUGCGAGGAUAUCCUUACACGAACUUUGUAUUUCGAUUCACAACCAUUAUUAGUGGAGGCGGUUGAUAAACAACAAUAA